AGAAAAAAGAAGCUGCUAAAAUUAGCAAUCCAAUCCCAUUACAGAAGAAAGCCUCCGAAGAAGUUUCUUAAGCCAGUACUAUUCAUGAACAAAAUAGCCUAAAAAGCAUGCAAGGCAGCUUAAUAAGGUGUUAGUGAUCAUAAAUCUUCCUACACUAGCCAUCAUGAUUUCCCUAGCAGAUGCCUAUCAUGUAGUGGCAGCCACUGUCCCAUUAUAUGUGACCAUGAUACUUGCCUACGUUUCUGUGAAAUGGUGGAAGAUCUUCACACCAGAUCAAUGUUCAGGCAUAAACAAAUUUGUGGCAAAGUUCUCCAUCCCCCUUUUGUCAUUUCAAAUCAUUUCCUCGAACAACUUCUACAAAAUGACCCUCAAACUCUUAUAUGCCGAUUUUGUUCAGAAAUUGCUUGCAUUUCUAGUCUUAAUAGCAAUCACGAAGAUCAGUGGCCGAGGAGGUUUAAAGUGGAUCAUAACGGGUUUUUCAUUAACAACACUUCCCAACACUUUGAUUCUAGGAAUCCCUCUGAUGAAAGCUACGUAUAAGGGUGAAGCAGUUCUUCUCCUUGCACAGAUUAUUUUCUUGCAGAGCAUGAUCUGGUACAAUUUGUUGUUGUUUCUUUAUGAACUUGAUGCUGUCAACACCAGGCCUGCUUCAGCUGCACCACCAUCACAAGGCUCGGCUGGAGAAACAGACACAGAUCGUGAGGUACAAUCAAAAGGAGAAGAAGACGUAGACCCUAGAACAAAAAGGAAGCUGAAGGUCUUGCCCAUUCUUGCCAAAGUGGGAAAGAAGCUAAUAAAAAAUCCUAAUACAUAUGCAACUUUAAUGGGUUUUAUUUGGUCAAGCAUACAUUUCAGAUGGGGAUUACGCAUGCCUGAAAUUGUUAAUCAGUCAAUAGAAAUAUUGUCCAAUGGAGGUCUUGGCAUGGCAAUGUUCAGCCUAGGUCUGUUUAUGGCAUCACAGUCGAGCAUCAUAGCAUGUGGGCCAAAGAUGACAAUGGUGGCAGUAGUACUGAAAUUUGUGGUUGGACCUGGUCUCAUGACAGUGGCUUCUCUUCUGAUAGGAUUAAGAUGCACAUUGUUCAAAGUGACAAUUCUUCAGGCAGCUCUACCUCAAGGAAUUGUUCCUUUUGUUUUUGCCAAAGAAUAUAAUGUUCAUCCAUCUGUUUUAAGCACAGCGAUCUUGUUAGGAAUGAUCAUGGCCUUGCCAAUGGAAUUAGCCUUCUACUUUCUCUUAGCAAUUUGAACAGUUAAGUAGUUAUGAUAUAUAUGAACAAGAAUAACCAGCAUUACAUUGCUGUUAC